CCCCCCGCCCCGGUCCCUCCCCCCGAGGCGCCACAGCUACCGCCGCCGCGGCUCCGGCAAAACUUUUCGCCGGAGCGGCCGAGCGCGCCGGUCACGGUUCCGGUCCCCGCCAGUUCCGAGAUGCGCCCGGGAGCCGCCGCGAGCCCAGUCCCGACAGGGUCACCCACGCGCCAGGGCCCUCGACACCAGGGCAGAGGAGCUGCCGAGGGCCGGUAGGACACCCGGGGCCCCGCACUGCUCCCCAUGCGGCUCUCGGCCCGGAGGAGGGAUGUCCCAGCCUCAUCUCCUCAGCAUCGUGCUGCUGCUGCUCCUCUGCUGCCAGGGCCCCUCUGCCCAGAUCACAGAUUUCCUCUUCGAGAGCUGGAAGGCGUACAGCGAGGAGUGCCACCGCAACAUGAGCCGCCUGCCUGCGCCCACGGAGCUGGUCUGUAACCGCACCUUUGACAAGUUCUCCUGCUGGCCUGACACGCUGCCCAACAGCACCGCCAGCGUCCCCUGCCCCUGGUUCCUGCCCUGGCACCAGAAAGUGAAGCACCGACAUGUCUUCAAGACCUGCGGGCCGGAUGGGCAGUGGGUGACAGGCCCCCAGGGACAGUCCCUGCGUGAUGCCACACAGUGUAAGCUUGAUGCCAAGGACCUGGAGGCACAGGAAAAAUUUGCCAAGACCUAUGGCAGCUUCAAGGUGAUGUACACUGUGGGCUACUCGGUGUCACUGUGCGCGCUGCUCCUCGCCCUGGCCCUGCUGCUGGGCUUCAGCAAGCUGCACUGCAUGAGGAACUACAUCCACAUGAACCUCUUUGCCUCCUUCAUCCUGAAGGGCGUCUCCGUGCUGGUCAUUGACGCCCUGCUCAAGACCCACUACAGCGACAAGAUUGACGACUACAAUGUGCACAUCUGGCUGAGCGAUGAGGCAGCCGCAGGCUGCCGGGCAGCCACCGUCUUCAUGCAGUACGGCAUCGUGGCCAACUACUGCUGGCUGCUGGUGGAAGGCAUCUACCUGCAUAACCUCCUGGUGGUGGCUGUCUUCUCCGAGAGGAGCUACUUCACCCUCUACCUGUGCAUUGGCUGGGGGGCGCCUGUGCUGUUCCUUAUCCCCUGGGUCAUCGUCAAGUUCCUCUACGAAAACAUCCAGUGCUGGACCACCAACAACAACAUGGGCAUCUGGUGGAUCCUUCGCUUCCCUGUGUUCCUGGCCAUCCUGAUCAACUUCUUCAUCUUCAUCCGCAUCAUCCAGAUCCUGGUCUCCAAGCUCCGAGCCCACCAGAUGCGCUACACUGACUACAAGUUCAGGCUGGCCAAGUCCACACUGACACUGAUCCCACUGCUGGGCAUCCACGAAGUGGUUUUUGCCUUCAUCACAGACGAGCAUGCCCAGGGGACCCUCCGCUAUGUUAAGCUCUUCUUCGACCUCUUCCUGAGCUCUUUCCAGGGGAUGCUGGUGGCCAUUCUCUACUGCUUUGUCAACAAGGAGGUGCAGGCAGAGCUGUUGAAGCGGUGGCAGCGCUGGAAGCUGGGGAAGGACCUCGCGGAGGAGUACAAGCACACCUACAGUCACGCGCCCAGCGCCCGCAAUGGCGCCGGCAGCACCUGCGAGAAGCACCAGCUGGUGGUGGGCGGCUGCGGCAACGGGCUGGGGCGCGGCCCGGCCACCCUGCGCCCCAGCACCCACUACCUCGAGACCACCGGCCGCAGCACCACCGAGUCCCUCGCCCUGGGGGACCGGCACCACUGCUACGAGUUCCCCGAGACCACGGCCGAGAGCCACUUCUGAGCCCACAGCCGGAGCGGGAGGGCUGAGCCAGCUGCGGAAAGAGCCGGCCGGGGCAGCGACGUCCCCUCCCCAGCCCCUCCCGCCCCAGUGAGGACCCUGGGACAAUGGGCACUGGACGGUGGAGGCAGCUGGGGUGGCUGCGGGUGAGGAAGGGGAUCUGGACCUCAAUGGGGAGGGGAUCUGUGGGGCGGGGGGGUCUGUGUGUGGGGGUGGGGGUGGGGGGGUUCAUCCUGUGGUGCUGCCUCGUGCGCCUUCGCGACCCUCUGCGCAGUGCUGUAAUUUAUCUGUCAUAACUGUAAAUAGGUGUGGGCCCGUGCUGGGCUGCAGGGCCAGCUCCGCGUGCGCCUCUCUGUCCGUAACCAGCCUGUGGGCUCUGGGCGCCGGGGAUGCCGCGGCACCCACAGGGGACGGCCACAGCCAUAGAAGGGAGCCAGGCACCUGAAAACAGCCCCGCUGCCUGCCCCACAGCCCCCCUGCCUGCCCACAGGUGAGUGGGACCGAGGUGGGCAGCCGCUGCUGCAGCACUGUUGUCCGGGGCUCUGGCUCCCUCCAGCACACACUCUGCUCCAUCUGCUAAUCGGCUCUGUCCUCUCACUGCCAGGAGCCCUUAAUUAAAUCAUUUGGCUCUGCCCGCGGCACCCCCGCUCUCCUGGGAGCCGGCCCAGGCCAUGGCUGGGCAGCAGCUGCCGGCAGCACCGUGGGGUGCGGGGCUGUGGGUGCCCUGUGCCCACCGGCCAGGCCGGUUAUCGGGGCUGGGGGAAUGCAGCGAGCAGGGCCCUAAGAGGCUUGUGCUGCGCACAUGAGAGCUAAGCCCGGAUGCCGUGGCUUUGGGCACCACAGUUGCCUGGUGUGCAGGGAUUAGCUGUGCACACCCCAGCCAGCAGCACCCUGCCCCACAGGGGGCAGCGGCAAGGAUGGACAGACAGCCCUGCCGUGACCCCUGGCUGCCCCACGCACCCUGGGCGCUGCCCGUCACCCAUCGUGGGCGGCCCCAUUUGGCUCUGAACAGACGACGGUCCCUGUCUGCCCAGACCCCACGCACAGCCCAGCACGGGAUGUGCCAGGCAGGGUGAGCACUUGGAGCCGUGCCCAGGCGGCCCCACGCAGUGAACAGCAGCACUGGGCAGGCGGCCAUCCCCCCAGUCCCACCCUGCCCAGCAUUGCCCACGCCAGCCAGCACGAGGGAGCCAUGGGGCUGUGGGGUCCCAGACCACUGCCAGGGCUGGCGUAGCGUGGGGAGGCCAUGUCCACACGCCGGCCCCACGCUGCUGGGCUGAGCACACAGGAAUUUUCCUCUGUUUACUUGACAAGUUGCCGUCUGUCCCAGCAAGCAUUGAAGGGCUGGGGCAGCACUGCUGCGGGGCCGAGGGUCUGAGCCGCGGGCCAUGGGGCAGCGCUGUGAGGACAUGUUAUCCGGGACUGUGGGGCUGAGUGGGCAAGGGGAGAGGGGCAGGGGUCUGCCUGGAAUGGGGAUAGGGAUGGAGCCAGCCCAGAGCCACAGGGCUGGCCAGGGCAGCCCCCGCCGAGCCACUGGCCCCCACGGCCGCUGCCGUCACUGUGGCCUCCUGACGCGGUAACGAGCCUAAUUGAGUCAAAUUGCUGGAGCACGAAGCGGUUUCUGGGAAGGUAAAUAUGGUCAUCACGCGGCGCCGGGCCCUGUGCCUGUUGCUCCAGCGUUGCCGUGGCAACACCCCACUGUCGUCCCCCUGAGACACCCCAUUGGGGCCCGGCUGUCCCCACAGUGCCAAGGGCAUGGGGACCCCCAGGCCCUGCCCAGGGGGGUGACAUACCAGGGCCCCACAUCUGCCACACCAUGAUGGGGACCCUCAGGGGACCCCAAGCCAGUCUCAACCCAUGGGAUAUCCCUGUGGCUGCACUGUGUCCCCACCACUGCUCCAUGUCCCCACAGCCCCUUGCUGUGUCCCACUGUCCUGCUUACAGGCUAGCUGGGUCCAGCACCCCAGGUCCAUCCCCCCAGCACCACAUGUUGGGGUGGCAGGUCCCUGCACAGUCUUGUGCCUGCAGAAGGGCUGGGGUCAGGGCUAGCAGUGCUGGUCACUGCCCCAAGCAGGGCCAGUGUCUGCUGGUGCCAGGGACCCACAUGUGAGCCCCACAUCUGCCUGCACUGGAGCCCACUGGAGAGAGAGAACAGGGCCAGCCAUUCCCCUGGAGCCCGCAGCUCCCAUGGGACUGCCAUCCAUGUCCUUUCCCAUCACUGUGGAGCUUCUAGAAGCUGUGCCCACCAGGGCUGAGGACAAAGCCCUCACUGAGAGUCCCUCCCUGCCCCUGGGGGGUGUCACUCUGGGGAACUACAUGGCUGCCCUCCCCAGCCCACCUGGGCAGGGGCACCCCAGGGCCACGGCACUGGCAGGAAUACUCCCACUUUAUCACAGGAAUUGCGCGGCACAAAUUGGUCUGCUAAGUAGCUCCUGCCGUGCCCGCUGCCCACUGCCUAAUUCAAUGAUCCAACACAUCCUGCUGCUCCUCCCACCCUCUAAUCUAAUGAUAACCACCCUGUCCGAGUCACCAGGAAAAUAAACCCCGGUUUUUACGGGUAAACAACCUGGUGUCCCUGGCCUGCGGCCUUUGCAGGGCCCACCCCACUCCCCCCCCCGACCGCCACACUCUGCUGCAGCCUCAUUGCCCUCACCCCACAGUUUGUUAUUAGUCUUUAUAAAAAUGGCCUGUUUAUAGAACAAUUUUUGUACAACAUUUCAUUAGAGUUCAGGGAACGGCUUCACCUCCAGCACUACAGCACCCAAGCCACAAGAAAAACAAGGCAGAGGCUGGUGGGGUUGGGCUGCCUGACCCCCAACAUGCCCUGGGGCUCAGGGACACCACUGCAGCCCCCAGGAUGGCCCCAGAUGAGCUCUGUGGCUCCCCAGGAGCAGGACGGGCACUGCAGAGAGCCCGUCCCACACCCACCACGCCAGAACCAGGCAGUGUGUCCCAGCAUGCCCCAGGAAUGUUUUGGUGAUGAGGGGCAAAAGGGGUCAUGGCUAAGUGUAGAGAUGCACUUGAGGAGCAAUGCUAGCAAUGCAAAGUAUAAUUUAAAUGCCAUUAAGGCAGAUGAGGGAAGAGGAUCCGAGUGUAUUAAUAGUCUCAACAUUUAAAUCUCUGGUCCAGCGACAGCUCCUGGGAUGCUGGCUCAUGAGGGUUGCCAGCCCCAAGGGCAUUGUGCUACCAGCACGCAGCACCCGGCUGCACGGGUGCUGUGAACUCCAGAGCUCAGAGCACGUGAAAGGGCAGAAUCCCUUCUGGAAAGAAAAAAAAAUGAAUAAAAUAAAUACAUAAAUAAAAUAAAAAGAAGACACA